AUGUCCGUCCUCUGCAUUAGCCGGGUCUCCGCGGCUGAGGAAGGGCUCCAGGCUUACAGACCACAAGGGGUUUGGGCUCAGGAGGAGUCACCGCUCCGGCGGAGAGGGAGGGCUGAAGUCCGGCCAGCAGCGGCUGCUGCAGCCCCCUUGGCCUCCCUGCACACACACUGCUCCAUCGCUCCGUGUCACUCCGCAGCCGCCCCCCGCCCUCUGCCUGUCGCGGCGGCUGUAGGAAGGAGCCGGGGCCGGGGCCGGGGCCGGGCCGGCCUGUGGUGAGCUCGGGCCCGGCCGCAGGGGGCGGGCUGGAGGAGCGGGAGAGGCGCCUCCCUCCAGGGGCUGGGGACCGGAGUCCGGAGAGAGACGCGGCGCGGCUGCUGCGGGAGGCUCGUCCCGGGAGUGCUGAGUGAAAGGGUAAUACAUAGAGCUGUAAUGUUGAAUCCUUUGGCCAGCCUUCUCAUUCAGGGAAAUCAUUGUAAGCUUGGUGUCUUGAAAAUAUGGAAUCAAUCUCUAUGAUGGGAAGUCCUAAGAACCUCAAUGAAACCUUCUUACCAAAUGGUGUUAAUGGUAUCAAGGAUGCCAGUAAGAUCACAAUAGGGAUAUUUGGAAGUGGAGACUUUGCCAAGUCCCUGACCAUUAGGCUUAUAAAAUGUGGAUAUCAUGUGGUCGUAGGAAGCAGAAACCCUAAAUUUGCUGCUGAGUUCUUCCCACAUGUGGUUGAUGUUACUCACCAUGAAGAUGCUGUAGCAAAAACGAACAUCAUUUUUGUCGCCAUACACAGAGAACAUUAUGCCUCUUUGUGGGACCUCAAGCAUUUACUUAUAGGUAAAAUCCUUGUAGAUGUUAGCAACAAUAUGAGGGUGAAUCAGUAUCCAGAAUCCAAUGCAGAGUAUUUGGCCUCCCUGUUCCCAGAUUCGCUGAUUGUCAAAGGAUUUAAUGUCAUCUCAGCCUGGGCACUGCAGUUAGGACCAAAGGAUGCCAGCAGACAGGUCUUUAUAUGCGGUAACAAUGUUCAAGCUCGCCAUCAAGUUAUCGAACUUGCCCGACAGCUGAAUUUUAUUCCCAUUGAUUUGGGGGCAUUGUCUUCUGCAAGGGAGAUUGAAAACUUACCUCUGCGGCUGUUCACGUUGUGGAAAGGGCCGGUAGUAGUGGCUGUUAGUUUGGCCACCUUUUUCUUCAUCUAUUCUUUCAUCAGAGAUAUAAUACAUCCAUAUGUGAGAAAUCAGCAGAGCGACUUUUACAAGAUUCCCAUUGAGAUUGUGAACAAGACUUUACCAGUUGUUGCUAUUACUUUGUUGUCUCUGGUGUAUUUAUCAGGGCUCCUGGCGGCUGCUUAUCAGCUUUAUUAUGGCACUAAGUAUAGGCGACUUCCUCCCUGGCUGGAGAGUUGGUUGCAAUGUAGGAAACAGCUGGGACUACUCAGUUUUUUCUUUGCUACCGUGCACGUGGCUUAUAGUCUCUGCUUACCAAUGAGGAGGUCUGAACGAUACUUGUUUCUUAAUAUGGCUUAUCAGCAGGUUCAUGCAAAUGUGGAAAAUUCUUGGAAUGAGGAAGAAGUGUGGCGAAUUGAAAUGUAUAUCUCCUUUGGAAUAAUGAGUCUCGGCUUGCUUUCGUUGUUGGCACUUACUUCCAUCCCUUCAGUAAACAGUGCCUUAAACUGGAGGGAAUUCAGUUUUAUUCAGUCUACACUGGGAUAUGUCGCUCUGCUCAUAAGUACUUUCCAUGUGUUAAUUUAUGGGUGGAAAAGAGCCUUUGAAGAAGAAUACUACAGGUUUUAUACACCACCAAACUUUGUUCUUGCCCUUGUUUUGCCUUCUAUUGUAAUUGUAGGUAAGAUCAUUUUACUCUUUCCAUGUGUAAGCAGGAAACUGAGAAGAAUCAGAAGAGGCUGGGAAAAAAGCCAAGUUAUGGAAGAAAGAGGUGGGACUAUUCCACAUCUCUCACCAGAAAGGAUUACGGUGAUGUGAUGAUAGAAUAGUGUCCAUUAGCACUAUCGUUGUCACUGUUUUUUUUUGUUUGUUUGUUUGUUUUAAAACUUGUGUUUUUAGGAGUUUAUAUAACUCACGUGUAAAAGUUGCUAUGGACUUGCUUGGCAUAUGGUACAGGCUCUCAGCCAAGGAAUGAGCAAUUUAUUUUUCUUCAGAAAUUUAAAAAAAAAAAUCACUUAAAUUUUAAGUUACAAGACGGCAAACAAUGUGAAAUCAGGAUUUUUUUUAAUGCUUCUUUGCACAAUUUGUAUCACAAACAUUGUGGUUUUAUAAUUAAAACCAAAUGUUCCAGACAGCAUUUCUUUGACUGAUAGCAUAUGUUCCAGACAGUACUUUUUUUUAUUAAAACCAUCCUUUUUUAGUUAGUCAGUCCAGAAUGUAGAGUAAUAGAUUUUAAUGAUUUAGAAAAUAAACAUGUUUUGAAACAGCUGAGAUUAAAUUUUUAAUGGUUGAAAUUAUUUAUUGCACAUGUACAUUACACAUAUUUGUGUAGCUCAACAAGGAUUUUGAACCAAAACAUGACUUGAAUAUAAUAAAAAAUGUGAGUUGCAUUAAGGAAUAUGAUUUCAAAGUGCUGCAUAUGGUUUUAGACAUGUAAUGUCCAUUGACGUUAAUGAGUCACGCAGUGAAAAUCCAAUCCAAUACUUUGAAAGUGCAAGAAGGACUUAUAUAAAUUUGUACAAUCAACUAAUGAUCACUUUAAAAAUAAAACAUGCCAAAAAUUAUUUAAAAAAAUUAAAGUUGGGAGAAAUUUGCAAUAAAAAAAUUCAACUUUAUGGGUGAAACUUCCAAUAUCUUAAGCACAAUAGAGAACGACCAUAAUGUUAAUGUUAUCUGUGUGUUUCUGUGUUGGAGUUUCAGUUAUGGCACAUGAAUUUGCCUCUCUUUCAACCUUAAGAUCUUUUAAUGUAUUUUUGUUGCAUAAAUAAUGUUCUAUUUUUAUAUGAAACUUUUGUUUUUACAGCCAGCAUCUGUGGGGAAUGCUUUACUGUGAAUUUUUAAGAAACAAAAACAAAUAUUGCUAUACUUCAGCAUUUUAACAUGAGUUGAUGAUCUCGUGAAAUGGAAAUUUCCCUCUAAAAUUUGUAAUUCUGGCUUUCUGAAUGUUGUUUAGAAUGAUUUAUCGAUGACUCCUUUAGCAUGUUUUGUUCUUCUUUAAGGAAUAGGCCAAACUACUCAUUUACACUCGUGCUGCUCCUAUAGAAAUCAGUGGAAGUUGUUCCCAUGCAUCAGAGUGCAGAAUUUGGCUCUGCAUCUCUACCUAUUUUUGCAGUAUUACAGCUCUGCUGUCUUUAAUUGUUUUCUUUCCUCACAUUUUUGCAAUAAUUUGCCAUCAUUAUGAUAAAUAUUUGCAAUAGGACUCUGAUCCAUAUAGCACUUGUGUACACUUAAGUUAAGUUCAUGAGUAGUCCCAUUGACUUUACUGUCUACAUUUGUAAUGAACCCUAUACCCAUGCAAUAUGUACUUAGAGCCAAAUUCUGCUCCCACUUACAUCAGCAUAAAUCCAAACUAACUCAGUGCCAAUUGUUUUUAGUUUCAUUACAAACUCAAGAACCCCAAUCAGGUUUUUCAAGAUUCAUUACAGCCUCCAAGCCUUUCAAACAAACCAAGAUCCAUUUAUGGUUUUGUCAGAAUCACAAGAAAUCUGCAGUUUUACAUGGUUUCACCUGUGUCUGCUUUACAUAUAGGGUUUGUUCAAACUCAAAACCCAGACUGAAACUCCAGGCAGAGGACUUUCUCAAAAUGACACAACAUAGAGUGAGACAAAGUGGGUUAGUUAAUAUCUCUUGUCUAUAGAAAGCUUGUCUCUCUCAUCAACAGAAUUUGGUCCAAUAAAAGAUAUUACUUCAUCCACCUUGUCUCCCUAAUGCCAUGGGACCGACACAACUACAACAACACUGCAUACAAAAUUAAGUGUUUGCAUGAACCUCUGCCAAGCUAAACAAUCAGUAUUGCUUGUCUCUAGCUCUCUUUACUAUCCAGUGAAACCCCACCAAAAAAAAUGGGGGUUAGACAAAUGGGGGGUUCAAUCAAUUUUCUUGACAUAUUUUGAAAAACAUAAAUUCAUUUUGAAAUAGUGGGGAGUUCCCAGUUUCUUGCAAUUUUAUUUAUCCUCAUCCACCCCAUUUUUAAAUUGCCCCCUACUAGAAGCAGAAGGAGGAAAAAUCCACUUCUCACUUUUUUUUUUACGUGUUCCCCUUGUAAAGUUAAAAAGUUAAACUUUUAAAGCUUUUUUGCAUUUUUCCAAUAGAAAAAAAAAGUUUAAAAAUGAGAGAAAGCAGUCUGUUGCCUUUUUUGUUUUUAAACCGUUCUACCAUAUUUUUACUUGAGAAGAGGGGGAGAAAGUAAAAUAGAAAAAAAUCCAAAGAAAUUUUUUUCUAAAUGAAAUUUUUAAUUUUGUUUAGAAUAAAUCAUUUAAAAUUGAUUAAGUGAAAAAGGAGAAAAAGUAAAAAAUUUCAAAUGUAUUGAAAACUUCAUUUUCUUUCAAAAUUUUUCACAAAAAGAACAUUUCAAGAAGCUAAUCUAAGUUUCUUUUUGCAAAAUGCCUGUGUCGUGAACAGUCAGAUGGAUCAUUCUGUACUAUAUGAGCACAGUUAUUUUAUUAGAUGAAUAAAAGAGAUAUUAUCAAUAUUAUAGAAAGAAAGGGCAUUACUAACAAGUGAAUAAUGCUUUCAGGUAAAUAUGAACAAAUGACAAAUAGAACUUCCAUUUACUGUGUUUGUGUGUGAUUCACUCCAGUACAGAAAACUUUGCAAACCUCUCCACACCAUUUAAAGUGAAGAAGGGAUAUACAUAUGCCUCCAGAUUGCACAUAGGUGGAUCCAGUGGCCUAAAUUUCCUCUGUAGGGGGUGCAAUUUGCCCUCAUGCAGACAGGCAGCACAAGGCCCAGGGCCAGCGCUUCCACUAGGCGACCCUAGGCAGUCGCCUAGGGCAGCAGGAUUUGGGGG